UGGGGGUUGUUGUUGGGUUUUUUGAUGAUAAACACAUCAAACCAGCAGGCGAUGGGUAUUGGACGAAUUUUAAUUUCCAUUUCAUCCAUACCACCUAGCCCGCGAACUGUCAUUAUAACUGUCCAAAUGUCCGUCUUGCACUCUAACAGAAACAAUCCUAAACAGAAACGUUUUGUGUGUGUGCGUGCGUGUGUUAAUAUUUAAUUUUCAUUCUUUCUUUUUUUCUUUUUUUAUUUUCUUUUAGUAAUGUCAAGGGAAUGGUGAAUAGUGACGUCAUAAAAGAAGGCAACCAAGGCAUCACCAUGACGACCCACCUCCCGGUAAAUUUCAGCUGGGACGUGGACAACACUACCUCUGUCGAACUGCCGCCGGGCCACUCCCCGCUGAUGGUGCCGGUCUACCUCCAGGUGACCAUCAUAACGAUGUACACUCUCAUCGUAGUGCUUGCCUUUGGCGGAAACACUAUCGUCUGCUUCACGGUUCUGCGCGUCAGGCGGAUGCGCACCGUCAUCAACCUGUUCAUCGUCAGCCUGGCCAUCAGCGAUAUCCUCAUGGCUCUCUUCUGCAUUCCUUUCACCUUCGUCGCCAACCUCGUCCUCAACUACUGGCCCUUCGGGGACUUCCUCUGCCCCGUCGUCACGUACCUGCAGGUCGUCAUGGUGUUCCUGAGUUCGUUCACCCUCACGGCGAUCAGUCUGGAUAGGUACGUGGCGAUCAUCUUCCCGCUGAGGCAGAAGCUGACGAAGGGGCCGGCGCUCAUUAUAAUCGCCAUCAUAUGGAUACUGUCCUUCGUGAUUCCCAUCCCCACGGGACGUUAUUCCAGCACGCACAAGUACGUGAACGUGUCCACGGCACCGACGUUCUGCGAAGAGAUUUGGCCGCUGGACUCCGCCAGGAAAAUAUACAGCACCGCCAUCUUGAUUCUCCAGUACAUCAUGCCCCUGGCGAUCAUGAUUGUCGCCUAUGGGCAGAUAAUCGUGGUGAUCUGGAUGAACAAAACUCCAGGCGAAGCCGUGUCGUCCAGGGAUCAGCGGAUGAAUGAAUCAAAGAAAAAGAUAACAAAGAUGAUGCUUAUGGUCGUCAUCAUCUACGCCGUGUGCUGGCUGCCCAUUCAUGUCAUCAACAUUACUGGUGACGUAGACCCCAGUAUCUAUGAUGGAGAGCACAUGAACAUCGUGUGGAUGAUCUCCCACUGGCUGGCGAUGAGUAACUGCAUGUAUAACCCCAUUGUGUACUGCUGGAUGAAUUCCAAAUUCAGACAAGGAUUUAUCCAGGCCUUCAGCUGUUUGUUGUGUAGAUUUAAAAAACUAAACCAAGCAGACGAGACGAUGAGAAUGAAUCGACAGAGCACAUAUCUGACGUCUGCUUCCACUCACAGCUACAGACGACAUUACCAGUUGCAUGACAGUACGGAAGGGAGUCCAUUAACGCAGAGGGGAAACGGCCAUAUUGAACUGUCCAAAGCUUGACGCAUUCUAAACAUAUCGUAGGUAUUAUAACGGGACACAUUUUGAAGGCAACUGGUUCAUAGCAUGAAACAAAAGAAUAUUUGUCAUUGACACACCUACAGACGACAUUACAAGCUGCAUAACAGCAAGGAAGGGAGUCCAUUAACGGCCAUAUUGAAUUGUCCAAAGCUUGAGACAUUCUGAACAUAUCAUAAGAGUCAUAACAGGACACAUUUUGAAAGACAACUGGUUCAUAAUGUGAUGUGGACAGAAGCCUACAGACGACAUUACAAGCUGCAUAACAGCAAGGAAGGGAGUCCAUUAACGGCCAUAUUGAAUUGACUAAAGCUUGAGACAUUCUGAACAUAUCAUAAGCAUAAUAACAGGACACAUUUUGAAGACAACUGGUUCAUAAUACUAUGAGGACAGAUGCAUUGCCACUGGUCCACCUACAGACGACAUUACAAUCUACGUGACAGUACGGACUGUAUUCCAUUAAUGGCCAUAUCGAGUUGUCCAAAACUUGAGGCAUUCUGAACAUAUCAUAAGCAUAAUAACAGGACACAUUUUGAAGACAACUGGUUCAUAAUGUGAUGGGGACAGACGCUAUGUCAUGGAUACACCUACAGACGACAUUACAAGCUGCAUGGCAGUACGGAAGGGAGUCCAUUAACGGCCAUAUUGAAUUGGCCAAAGCUUGAGACAUUCUGAACAUGCAUAAAACGGGACCCAUUUUGAAGGCAACUGGUUCACAAUGUGAUGAAAACAAAAGCUUUGUCACUGGUACAGUUUCAACUAGUAAAGGAUGUAGUAAAGUUUUCUAUCAGGAUGUAAAGGGAAAAGGAAUGGUGCUACAGUUAAAGUAACACAUAGAAACAAGAAGCAAAGAAAUGUUGAAAAUGUUAAAAAGGAAUGAUGUUACCCUUAUAACCAGUCACAAUAACACAUAGAAUUCCAGGUAGCAAAGAACUGUUGAAGUUUUGUAUCAGGACGUCAUGACAUGAUAAAAAAAAAAGGGACUGCUAACAGGCUGAUGCCAGGCAAGGUGAUUGCGACACAAGGAUAGGGUGUUACAUGAUUAACAAAAGGUGAUAUGAUUAACACAGGAAGCUGUUUCAGGACACCCUACUAUAUUCUGGACACGGAGCUAGUAAUACUGAUGUCAGAGUGGUAGUUGCGACACAAGUUUUAGAGUAUGAAAACUGCCAGCAACCUUCUUGUUAAUCAGCAGGAAGUAUAUUUUUGAGACAGUCAAGAUAACCAUAUCAAAGUAAUGUUUGUGAAACAUAGUUCUUGGUUUCGCCCUGAGAGUUUAUGAGGAUAUUGGCAGUAUAUGAUAUUUCCAUGAUGUGUAGUUUUCAACAACAAAAAUCUUUACCUAAUAAUUGUGUUUAUUAGAAGUGGUGGAGGAUUUGGCAUAACACAAAAUGUGGGUACUAAAUAGACAAGACGCGAAACUGAUCUGUUUGCAUGUACUUAUAUCGCUGAAAAGGUUCACGCAUGUUCCUUAUGGGCAUUUGGGUUCAGGAUUAAAAAAACGUUUAAUCUGGUUUGAGGAUGAAACCUAGAGUACUAUAAAUUAAUUUGCGCUACGUUUAAGGCUUGUGUCAAAAUUCCGAAGUGAUUGUAAGAAUGGGCCCAAUGUGAUCUUAUCGUUAACUGUGUGCGAAAUUGCCGUGUUAUGUACAACAGACGGAUAGAGGGAAGAGAGUUGGAGUUUAGAGAUAAAGAAAUAGACACACACACACACACACACACACAGAGAGAGAGAGAGAGAGAGAGAGAGAGAGAGA